UAAUUUAUUCAAACAAAAUUAAAUCUUAAAACAAUUAAACACCAUUUUUCUUUUAAACCUCAUCCCUUACCUACCUGACCAGGUAAGAAUACCAAUCCAUUUAUGGAAUGGCCAGUUGAUUGACGCCCAGAAUGUGCAGAAAAGCCAUUUUCCCAUCUCCAUUUUCGAGUGAAUUCGCCAAAUUUAAUCAAAUCGAGUUAAUUCAUAGUGGAAACUGGAGGCCUUUUCUCUCCGAUAAGAAGACGUGAUACCGCAAGCCUGAGUUGCGGCCAUGUCACUGCUGUGGGAGGACCGGGAGGUCAGGUUUGACAUCGCCCCAGCCCAGAUGAAGAUGAGGCCUGGCGAGCAGCUCAUAGACACCCUGGAUUCGGUAGAGGACACCAAAGGUAACAGUGGAGAUAGAGGCCGGAUGCUUGUGACGAACCUCCGUGUCAUUUGGCACUCCCAUGCCAUGCCGCGUGUCAGCCUCUCUGUUGGCUACAACUGCGUGCUCAACAUCACAGUCAAACAGGUCAACUCCAAGCUGCGCGGUCUGACCGAAGCCCUCUACAUCCUGACCAAGGCGGGCAACACCCGCUUCGAGUUCAUCUUCACCAACCUCACUCCGGGCAGCCAGCGUCUCUUCACGUCUGUGAAUGGUGUGCACAAGGCCUACGCCAGCUCCAGGCUCUACCGCGAGCUGAAGCUGCGCGGUGCCGUGGUGUCCAACAAGCAGCUGCGCCUGCUGCCCCAGGAGGAGAUCGUGAGCCGGGUGAACGGGGUGUGGAACCUCUCCUCCGACCAGGGCAACCUGGGCACCUUCAUCAUCACCAAUGUGCGGCUCGUCUGGUUCGCCAAUAUGAACGAACAGUUCAACAUGUCUCUGCCAUACCUCCAAAUGGACUCUGUGCGCACUCGUGACUCCAAGUUCGGGCCGGCACUGGUGGUUGAGUCGACAGAGGCCAGCGGUGGCUAUGUGCUCGGAUUCCGUAUCGACCCCAAGGAGAAACUCACGGAGGUCUACAAGGAACUCUACUCGCUGUUUCAGGUGUUUAGCGAGACGCCCAUAUUCGGUGUCCAGUACUCCCGGGACGCGACCGACACACAACUGACUGCCGAGGAACUCAGUUCGGACCUGGACAACAUAGCCGAGAUUGACGAUGUGGACCCGCCAGCCGAUACGUUCGCGUCCUAUUUCGCCGAUGGAGAUCACGCCCAGGACCGGGAGCCCGUCUACUGCCCCGAGCUUGGGCUGGCCGUGGAGAGACUCAAGGACGGCUUCACGCUGCAGAGCCUGUGGGAGGUGGUGCCGCAGUAGACGCCGAACGUGCCGGAGAAGAGGGUGGCGGAGUUUUUCGAGAUCUCAAGUGAAUGGGCCCAAUCUUACCAAGGUCGUAAAUAGGAUUUGGCAGCACAGCUGGCCGGAGUUCACGGCACUGAUAUCAAAGACAUCCUUUUUGUUGACAUCCAGCUAAUCUUGUCCAAUGAUUUUGUUGGCAUGAAUGAUUUUGAAUGUUGCCUGAACGAAUGAAUAAGUGAAUGGUGGAAUAGUUCUGAAUGUUACCAAAUGCCGUGAAUGCGCAUUCACGGCAUUUGGUAAGAUUGGGCCCAGAACAGGACUUCUCAGCUGAAGUCCCUGUCUAGUCAUGUUACAGCUGAGUUGUCACGUGUAUUCGCGAGCGGUGACCAACGGGAGGUGCCGACCGGUCGGCGGAGGCGGACCCGCCCGAAGGGGAUAGCAGGGCGCGUCCAGGCACACAUGAGUGGGUAGGUGAUUAGAAUCCUUAUUUACCUUAGCCGUAUUUGAUAGAAGAUGCACUACCACUCCAGGUCACCCACGUGCUGCUCUUGGGACAGUUACGAGGCGCGUUUGCUCAGCAAACCCGAGAAUUGAGGGUCUGCGAGGGUAUAAAAGAAGGCUCUAGCCGCUCAGCACGGUCAGUUGAUCUCAGUUGCAGUUAUGAUGUGUAGCCUAACCAAACCAGGUCGGUCCGAACCGAAUCCGUCCAGUGUUGACCGUCCAUGGAAGGUGACGGUGGUUCUAGUCACCAGACUCACUAGUUGUCCGUCCAGUUAGCAGUGAGGGUGGUGUAAUCUCUCCGCCAUACACCAGUCGUGCUCUUGUGUCUUACUUUAUGAGACUCGCCGCCGCACACUCAAUAAAUUGAGCAUCUUCCUCCGCCCUCGUUUCGCACACGUAUGCGACUUUGCUGAAUGCAUUACGCAUUUUAUGCGUAUUUAUAUUUUAUUGUCGCGUAUAGUAUGGUUCUUUCGAUACCCUCACGUGCUCUGUAUCGGCGUGUGUGAGUUGGCGCACAAACGGCGGUGUAUUGUCGAUGGUGCGAAGGGAGUGUUGGUGUUCGUUGUACGGUGUAAUGCACUCUGCGAAGUGCAUGACACUGCACUUUGCACUAGGUGAUACUGUGCACGCGACGUCUAAUUGAUAUUGUGACUUCUGUGUAAUGUUUCUUUAGCUGCUAUUGCAACCCGGGCUUUGGUUUGACUCACUUACCAGUCAGUGCGACUGUAAACAAUUGAUGUUGAUGUACGUUAUCGGCUUUACUGUUUCGUGUGAUAAUUUCAGACUCUGACCACUUCGUGUAAUCGCUAUUGCAUCGUUUGCUUUGCACGUACUUACGUUCACAAUUUGAGGCUGGGGGGCUAGUCAAGUGGUCAGUUUGGACGCUCUCAGGGUGGUGUCAAGAGGAAAGUAUCUGGUAUAUGUUGCAUUAAUUUUUAAUUCAAGUGUUUUAAUUUAUUUGUUGGUCUCAAAGCACCUGCCACCAAGUAUAAGGUCCAAUAAAGACAAGACAAGUGU